UCCGUUUUGAUUGGUUUUGUCUUUUAGAAAAUUUAUGCACUUCCGGGCUAAACACAGGUUUCUGCUACUCCGUACCUAAAUGCCAGAGAUGUCUUGUCAAAGCUUCAACAUUCCAAAUGUUCCUCCAGACUUACGUAGGGAAGAGACAGUCCACCAGAUCGCCGAUUCCCUCAACUAUUUAGAUCAGGUCGCUAAUGAAGUGUUCAAAAGAAUCGGCACCAAGAUCAGCGAAAAUAGGACAAAACUUCAGAGGGUCAAUGACAGAAUAAGCUUAGCUCAGGCAAAAGUGGACAAAAUCAAGGGAAGUAAUAAAGCUACAAAGGUGUUCGCCUCAGCCAAAUACCCUGCGGCUGAGAAUCAAGAGGAAUAUCAAAUAAUGUUUCCCUUAGAGAGCACCAAUGGGCUGCGGGAGAUUAAACGACCUCAUUACAAAGUGACAACUAAACACAAGGGACUGGACGAUAAAUCGUUAAGGGAAAAGCUACAGUUCUACAACGUUCAUUUGAAGUUGAAGCGUAAAGAGGACGCUAACUUGAGGGACGGACUUGGGGGGUUACCUAAGUCUGUUCCCUCCAUCAGCUCUCUGUUGUUGUUUAACACGUCAGAGAACCUAUAUAAACAGUACACCAUGCUUGAUCCCCUGGGAGUAGUGAAGAAGACACGCACAGCAAUAGAGGAGGAGAGUGAAAUAGACGCUGCACCCACAACCAUCACAACAAACGAGGGUCUGCAGGGACAGAGGGUGGACGAUAUCUCCUUCAAACCCGUCAUCGUGGACUUCCCCGAGAUAGCCGUCCCAGAAUUCCUCCCCAAUCUACCAGGUGUUGCUGAUGACCUUUCCUUUGCGGUAGAUCAGGAGAAAUCCAUAGCUCCCUCAGUCCUCGGCAGUAUCAUUCCAGACCUUCCUUCAGUAGUACCUGAAGAAACUCUCCCCUCAGUUCCAGAAAUAUCCCAGGCCCCAUCCAGUACAGGUGCACCCCCUCCCCCUAGUGCUGCGCCCCCACCUCCCCCUCCCCCAUCAGCACCACCUCCCCCUCCUGCAGGUGCCCCUCCACCACCACCCCCACCCCCUGCUCCAGACGCCCCAUCCCCUCCACCACCACCACCAAGUGGUGUCCCAGAAUCAGCGCCAGCAGAAGUGACUGCGCCCAGUGACUCACGGUCCAGUCUACUCGAUGCCAUACGUAAGACAGGUGGUGUAAGUGGCGCAAAGUUGAAGAGUGCCAAAGAUAGGAAACUGGAGAAGAAGAAAAAGAAGGAAGAGAAAGCCGCGGCGGCCCCCAGUGGUGGUGGAGGAGGAGGGGAUCUAAUGAGUGACCUCUUCAGUCGACUGACCAUGAGGAGGAAGGGCAUUUCUGGGGGUGGGGGAGGUGGUAAAGGAGGGACUGACAGUUCAGAUGCCCCACCCCCACCACCCACAGGGGGAGGGGGAGCCAUGGACAAGAUUUCCUCAAUGAUACCCCCACCUCCUAAGUCUGGGGGUGGGGAUGAUGACGAAGAUGAUUGGGAAUAAAAGUUUGACUGUUGUUAUAUAUUCACAUAUUGUUUUCAUCUCAUCAUCAUUUAUAAAUUGUUUUCAAGUUCUAUUUUUCAUUGCAUUCAGUAAUUACUGUAUAUUAACAAUAUUUAUCACAAGCAUGGAUUUUUUUUAAGUGUAAUUAUCUCUGUCAUCUGAUUUUUUAACGAUUUCUUGGUGAUUCUAAUUAAGUAAGAAAUGCAUGUUGAAGUUUGAUUUUAAUUUAUUGGUAAAAAAUGAACAAAACAGAAACAAACACAUAAAGCUACCAUAUUAUUCAUAUAAAAUAAUCUAUGAAGCGUCUAGCAAUAGUGCUUAAUGGAUCAAAAUGUGAGAGUCUAUGCUUUUUCAAAUUAAGGAAGCUCUAAAUACUGCACACUAAAGAGUUCUAUUUAAAGGGUAGUUUAAUGCAGUUAGAGUGAGCUGUCCUUUAAGAAAGAUAAAAAAGAUGGUUAUUAAUUGAUACAUGUAAUUACACAGUUUGUAUUUAAUAAGGUGAUUCUGCAAGAUAAUGCACCAUGAAAAAUGACCGUAUUGAUGGACAACUGUUUAAAAAAACUCAGAAAAUCUUAUCUGCAUUAAACUGAAUAAUGAGUUCCACAGCUUUUAUUGUUUUUAUGAGAUUUUCUUUCAGCUGCAUGUCUUUAUUGAUUCUCCAAUAUAUCUAAGAUUCCAGUGUGUCUAAGCAAGCAUUGUUACAGUAAACAUGGUCCACUUUUAGAACUGAUUCAUUAUGGGGUGAAUUUGUCUGAGAAUGUUUCUAGGUUGUGUGCAUGAGUCAACAAUACACAGGUCAUUAAUUAGCUGCACUAAAAAAUUGUUAACAUGUUUGUUGAAAUGUUUAUAUAAAUAUGUAUGUACAUUAAAAUGUACAUUAACAAGUUAAAAUUUAUAGCAAUAAACACUUCAUCCAAA